AUGAGCGAGAAAGUCAAGGACCGAGAGCCAUCUGACGGUGUUGCGAAUGAGCACAUUGAGCAGAUAUGCAAGGAUCCUGAGAGUCAUGACGAGAAAUAUGAUGACUCGGAAGCACUUGAACCCUCUCGUUCCAAGCAGAUUAAGGUGCUGAGUAACGUCAAAUUUUUGAUGGUCUUGCUCGGGUUUGGAAUGGCCUUUGUUGGUUCUCAAGUGUGUUCCUUGAUAUUCGCUGCUCUGGUUAGCACGGUUGCGAACGAUCUGGACGCUAUCGACGACUUGGUCUGGAUUUUUUCUUCCGGGUUGGUAUCUAUCAGUGCUGUGGCUCCCUUCGCUGGGCCCAUAGCCGACCUCUUUGGACGAAAAAGCGUGACUAUUGUGGGAGUGCUUGCUUCGAUGGUGGGUAUGAUACUGUGUGCUGCAACCACCAAUGGGAAUGGUUUCAUUGCGGGGCAGGCCAUUACAGGAGUCGGGGUUUCGAUCCAGGAGUUGAUGUCAAUCUCUGCUGUGGCUGAACUAGUACCGACUCACCAACGAGGAUUUUAUGCUGCUCUUGUUGUGUCCGCUUUCUUGCCCUUUUGCCCAGCGUCAUUAUAUGGAGAGCUGAUUGCGCAGGCCAACUGGCGAUAUUGCGCUUGCUUGAUCGCAAUCUGGAAUUUGCUGACGGCAGUUACCCUUGCCAUCUUCUACAACCCUCCACCUCGAGUCAACGCUGGGGGCUUGAGUCGCAAGGAGAUGCUUCGGAGAAUCGACUUCCUAGGAGGAUUUCUUAUGAUCGCGGGCAUUGUUGUUUUCCUCGUCGGACUCAAUUGGGGAGGGCAGACAUAUCCCUGGAGGUCUAGUGCGGUCAUUUCUUGCUUGAGUCUUGGUGCCAUUCUGGUGGUCGUCUUCCUCCUGUACGAGACGUUCUGGGCUAAGUAUCCCAUGUUCCCCCGGCGGUUGCUCCGUCACCCGCGUGCAUUUAUUGCGUUAAUGGUAGUGAUCCUUGUCGCGGGCAUUCGGACGCUGCCAUUUGGAUUUUGUAUUGUGGGAGGAUCGCUGAUUUCAGCCAUCAUGAUUUCCGCAUUCAAGGGGUAUCUACGACCUAUCAUGGCAAGCUUCUGCGUUUUACAGACUGUCGCCAUUGGUAGUAUGGCUGCUGUCGAUCCCAAUAACGUCAACACCGUCUGGGCUCCUCUUGUGCUUGGUCUCACCGGCGUUGGUGGUGUUCUGGUUCCCAAUCAAGUCAUCGUCACGGUCAUAUCUCCAGACGAUCUCAUCGCAACGGCAACUUCUCUUACCGUGUGCCUUCGCUCAGUUGGCCAAGUUAUCGGAAUCAGCAUUUUCUACAAUCUAUUUACAGCAAGACUCAUCGAGGAAGGAGAGAACAAAAUUAUUCCUGCAGCGAUGCAAGUCGGCAUUACCAAUCUAUCAAUCCUCAAAACCAUGCCGUCCACACUUCUAGCGAUUCCCUUCUCCGAAUAUGCGGCAUCGCUUCCCCAGAUAAAUACGCCAGAGAAGUAUGACUUCCUACAUCAUGCUAUUAUUAAUGCAUUCGGGGCCUCAUUUUCCAAGGUUUACUUGGUAUCAAUCGCAUUCGGGGCUACUGCCUGUAUCGCGAGUUGGUUCCUUGGGGAUCUCACAGCUUUGAUGGAUGAUCAUAUUGCUGUCUCAUACUUCUAG